AACUUGCGCAAAAAAUAAAAAGUUUUUAAGCGCUCAUCUUCAUCCCAUUUUCGAUUGGUUGUUGGUUUCAUUAUGGAUGCAGCAGAAACCAGCAAAGCCAAAAUAGUUUCACUAAUCCAAGAUAUGGAGAAAUCAUGGGAUGAUGAGCUCCUACAAAUGGUACAAAGCCUCCCUAAAGAAGAAGCCUGGGUCAGUGGAUUGAGUCUUUAUCUCUACCAGGGCUUUUGGUGCUCACCUCUUGUUAUUAAACCUAUUAUUUCUUUCCAGACACAUUUCCCAACAUUCGAUUCAGAUGUUAUCAUCGCCACUUUCCCAAAAUGUGGCACUACUUGGCUCAAGGCCUUGGCUUUCUCUACUUUGUAUCGCAACCAUUUUGCAAUGGAUGAACAUCCCUUGCUUACCUUUACUCCUCACCAGCUUGUUCGUUUCUUGGAGAUUGAUGUUUAUUUGAAAAACCCUUGUCCCGAUCUCGAAAACAUUUGUGUUUAUAAGCCAAGGGUUUUUGCCACCCACGUUCCUUAUGCUUCUUUGCCCACUUCCAUGAAAGAUUCCCACUGUAAGAUUGUUUACAUAUGCAGAAACCCCAUGGAUAUGUUCAUUUCUCUUUGGCUUUUUAAUGACAAGCUUCGACAAGAAAGAGAGUUACUAUCAGUAGAUGAAGCCUUUGAGAAAUUCUGUCAUGGAAUCUGUGGGUUUGGACCAUUUUUUGAUCACGUUCUGGGUUACUGGAAGGCAAGCCAAGAAAACCCCAACAAGAUACUGUUCUUAAAAUACGAAGAUAUUAAGGAAGACAUCAGUUCUCGGCUGAAACAGUUGGCCAUGUUCUUAGGGGUUCCUUUCACAGAGGAUGAAGAGAAACAAGGAGUUGUUGAAGAAAUAGCGAAGAUUUGUAGCUUUGAGAAGUUGAAAGAACUGGAAGUGAACAAGAAGGGCACACACGUUACUGGGAUCCCACAUAAAGAAUUUUUCAGGAAAGGGGAAGUGGGAGAUUGGAGCAACUAUCUCACUCCUUCCAUGGUUGAACGCUUGGAGAAGCUUAUCCAUGAGAAAAUGGACAACUCGGGUUUAACAUUUAAACUCUCAUCCAAAACAUGA